AUGGCGGACAACAACAUCCAUUGUCCUUCUGUGAGUGCGUUCGUAUUGCCUGUAACCAACGUACCAAAAGCAGAAAGUCGUAGCUCGUUACCAGAAUGCGGAAAUAAAGAAGGAUGCGACGGCAUAUGGUGUAGUGACAACAGAUAUGCAGGACAAGGAACAUGUCAGACGUGGGCAUGUGACUUACUUGAAAAUUGUAAAAAGAUUGUUAUUUGCAAAGGAUUACCAGAGCCUUAUUGUAUGGAAGGAUAUGCACUUGUUAAAGAAAAACGCAUGGUUUUGUCAAUGUCCAAUCCAGAUUUAGGUUAUGUUUCGGUUCAGUUUUUUUAG